AUGACGCUCAUCGUCAAAUUCGCGUUUCCCAUGGUGCAGAAGGACGAGCUGGAAGACGGAGAUUUCACAGGCAACAUCGCGAAUAUGGGCUCCGUAGCCCGUCUACAUGACCUCGAGUCCCCCAUACUCCAGAAGGAGAGCAACGCGUGGGAUUGCACCGGAGCUUUGAGGCUCUUAGGCGCAAACGAGGCGCGGUGGACUACAGGCACAAUCUUGACGGUAGACUCUGGCGCAACGUGUGUGGAACUGGUAUCAGAGACCUAA